GGGAGCUGCCCAGGGUGGGUUCCCCGGAGCGCUGAUGUGUCCCGCUCCUUUGCAGGCUGCUCUGUCACUUCAGAGCGAGCGUGAGGCUGAGCCGGCAGCAUCCCGGGCUUUCACAGCGAGCGCUCGCCUGCAGCCCGGCACCGGUCGAAAUUCAGACGUCUUCGGAGAGGGGAGGAAGAUCCUCAUCUUCCGAAGCCUCCUCAAUGAGUGCCAAGCUCUCCAAGGAGUUGAGGCUGUCGCUGCCACCUUGUCUCCUGAACAGAACAUCUGCCACCUUAAACACCAGCAGCACCUGCAUCACGCAAGUGGGUCAACUGUUCCAGUCGUUCUCAUCCACCGUGGUUUUGAUUGUCCUGGUCACCCUCAUCUUCUGCCUGAUCCUCCUCUCCCUCACCACCUUCCACAUCCACAAGAGGAAGAUGAAGAAGCGAAAAAUGCAAAAGGCUCAGGAGGAGUAUGAACGGGACCACUGCACCCGCAGCAGCAGUAGCAGCAGCCGGAACCCUGGGACAGGGGUGCAGGGAGAGGCACCUCAAGGAAGAGACAGCCGGCUGGGAAGAACCCCCCAGGACUCGGAAAUCCAGCGUCCCUCUCUCUCAGCAGCCCCAAGCUCUCAGCAAGCACGAGCUUGUUUGGACACAGCUGGUGCUGGGCUGCUGCAGACUGUGAUUUUGUCAUGAUGAUUUGGGGGAGACCUCACGAAGGUGCCGGUUGGUGUUUGUAAAUACCUGAGUGAUUAUUCUAGCCCCUGAAGAAGAAAACAUUGCUAAUUAAAAUUAACGAACAAGCCCAUGAUCCAAGCGCAUGACAGAUCACCUUGCGUUUCUCACUGACUGUGUGAGGAAAGGAUGCUUCUUUUUACUGGAGAAGGAGCUGCACACAGCUCUAAAUAUCAAGUCAUUCUCCUGGAGAAGAGGGUCAGGGAUUU